ACUCUAGUGACUUACUAGGUUAGGGCCCAAACCCAAAGUCCUAGUAUAUAAGGGAAUCUUCACUCUUCCAAGUGUUCAGUCUCCACUUUCCUCAAAAUCAGCUGGAGCAGGACCAGCGUCCUUGCGAAGCCCUAGCUCUGCCGCCGCUUUGUGGGACAAAACCUGAAAAUGAAGAGGAUUCUGAAGUCACCCAAGUCAAGUGCCUCAGGUUCAAGUCAAACAGCUUGUCUUAAGAACCACAACAAAUCAUCUUCAUCAUCUCAGGUCUUGUCAAUGUCGAAGGAGGAAGAGGGCAUCGGUCUCCCAGAAGAUAUUAUAAGGAAAAUUCUGUGCCAGUUACCGGUCAAAACACUGAUCCGGUUCACUUGUGUCUCAAAACGGUGGCGUUUUAUCAUCAUUUCCGAUCCUCAGUUCGCCAAAUCCCAUCUCCAACUAGCAUUACAGUGGAGAACCCUCACCCAAAGACUCUUCGUCCACUCCUUAAACCCUCAUUUUCAAUCAUGGGAAUAUGAAGACAAUUUCAAUGGUUCAGUCAUAGACCUCACCUCCCCAUACCCAUCAAAGGAACCAUGCCAAAGAGCAAUUACCUCCUGCAAUGGUUUGGUACUUCUAGGUGACUCUUAUUUAACUGAUUUGGUACACUUGGCUAUCUGGAACCCAUCAACCGGAUUUUUCCGCAAAAUACCUAGUCCAAGGAUAACUAUUCCCAGGAAUAAAUACGGAUACGAGUUAGAUUUUGCAGUUACUGGGUUUGGUUAUGUGUCCUCCACCGAUGACUACAAGCUUGUUUUAGUAGUCCCGGGCGAUAGGACACAUUUUCAUGUCUAUAUCUUCUCACUGAAGGCCAACUGUUGGAAAGUUAUUAAAGCCUCUCACUUGUCAUCACCGGACUUCAAUCACUACGUGUACGGGGCGACUCUUUCCAAUGGAGCAAUCCAUUGGAUUAACCACCGCUGCGGAGUUUCAGACCCAGCGAGUAUUUAUGCUUUUGAUUUGGCAGAGGAGGAGUUCCGGGAAAUGCCAUUGCCUGUUUGGUUCCCAAAUAAUGACAGAGAGAUGAGGGUUCUUUUAGGAGGAUGCCUUUGUGUGUGGUUUAAGACGGAUGCUAGGCGUAGCGAAAUUUGGGGAAUGACAGAGUAUGGGGUGCCUGAAUCUUGGGUUAAACUCUUUGGGUUUAGAGAAGCCGAUUUACCAGAGGUGUUCUCUUCACAAGCUGAAUGGGAUCUGUGUUUUGUUACAGAAGACGGUAAAAUUGUGAUCAAACUACUUGAGAGUAAUGAGUUCUUCAGGAUUGAAUGCCGUAAAGAAGAGAAGCCGGUCUGCAGCGGGCGAUAUUUGCUUCAAGAGGUGCCCGGGUAUACGUCUUUUAUUGAAAACAGAUAUUUAUAUGUUGAAACUCUAGUUUCGGUACCUGAAUGAUCAUGUUGAGUCUUGGGGCAUGAGGACUUGAGGCCUGGAAAAACUGCGAGGCAGAACAAAAAUGCUGGGGACAUUCAUUCAAAUGCUGGUUCGUUUUUAUGUUUUAACUAUUCUGUAAUUUGGAUUAAUCCUCCUGUAACUAUUUCUAUCAAUUUGUUUUCCGUGUUUUUAUUUGUACUUGAGAAGCCAAAACUAUGUUGCAUGAAGUUUGUGUUGGUGCUGCUGCAUGAAGACAUUGUC